AUGGAGAAGAAGCAACUUGGGACCGUCUCCGGGGUGCUUCAAAUAAAGCCCGCUAGGCUGUCCGUCCCAUGUCGCAUGUCAUGCUGCACGUUCAUGGCUUUGACUUGUAUCAAAAGAAACUCGUCCUUGUCAGAGGAAAGUCAGGCCUCUGUUUGUGUGAUGGACAGCCACAACUCCGUGAAGCUGAUCAAGUUCGCGGACGACACCACCCUCAUUGGACUCAUCUCCAACAACGAUGAGUCCGCCUACAGGAGGGAGGUGGACCGGCUGGUGUCCUGGUGCAGUGGUAACAACCUGGAGCUGAACGCCCAGAAGACAGUGGAGAUGAUUGUGGACUUCAGGAAGAGCACUGUCCCCCCACCCCCACCCUCCGUGAUGGACUCCCCCAUCACCUCUGUGGAGUCCUUCCGUUUCCUGGGCACCACCAUCACCCAGGACCUCAAGUGGGAGCCGACCAUCAGCUCCCUCAUCAAGAAGGCCCAGCAGAGGAUGUACUUCCUGCGGCAGCUCAGGAAAGCCAAGCUGCCUGCACAGAUGUUGGUGCAGUUCUACACGGCCAUCAUCGAGUCCAUCCUCACCUCCUCCGUCACCGUGUGGUUCGCUGGAGCCACAGUCAGGGACAAACAGAGACUACAGCGCAUUGUGCGCUCUGCAGAGGAAGUGAUCGGCCGCAGCCUUCCAUCGCUGCAGGACCUCCUUCUGUCGAUGCAUACGGUGCUGGAGGGGAGGCUGGAGACUGCAGGAGGGUUGAAGGAGAAUGGAGAGGGUGCUAUACAAGUGUUUUACGUCCUGAGCACCGCUGUCCCCUGGGAGCCUCCCGUCGCGCCUGGUCGCACAGCGCAGACACGUCACAUUGUCACAGGAAACAUAUACGAGCCCCGUGCAGAACCCAGGGUCACAUGUGCGAGGGCCGGAGAGAGAGCCGGGUGUACACAGCCUUGUGACCCUCCGCUGGACGGAUGUGCCAGCGCAGAUCGAUUCAUAGUGUGCGGGAUAUGGCCUGUAUGGGAGCAGGUGAUAAGCAGCCUGGAGGAGACAGAUCACCCAGAAUGGUGCAUGGUCCCAGUGUUGGAGGCCUGA